AUGGAAGGAAAUCACUGCCAGCUACCACCUUGUCCUGGUAGGAUACAGAAUGCAAUCGUCGUUAAUCAUUUAUGGCCGUUGGAUGAAAAGGUAUUGGCAUUUGACACAGAAACUAACACAGGCAGUGAACAUAAGUGUUUCAGAUUUGGUAAGAAUCAUCCCAGUUUGCCAAACAGUGCUAUCUACAUCGAUGGUUCACCUCUAUCUCGAAUUACUGUUAAACUUAACAGCAAUGAAAUUGACGAAGCUUUUACAUUAACAUCUGGUGUAUUUAUAAGGAGUCAAUCAUCUGGUUCCUUUUUGAAAAUAGUUGACAUGCAAGGUCAGCCAAUAUUUGAGGUGCAGAUUUCAGGAAGAGAUAUCGCGUUCAAUGCAUACUUUAGUAAUACUACAAAAUGCGCUUCACUGUCAAUGACUAACGCAUUUACCACAAAUACAUGGUAUGUUGUUGGAAUCCAAAGAGAUGUUAGUGCAAACUUAAUUGGGAUAGUAAUCAACGAAAAUUUGAACAAUACAAGUGACAUGUGUGGAACAUUCGGAUAUAGUGGUGAACUGUUUGUACUAAUAGGAAACAGUAAUCGACAAUUGCCUGGAUAUAGAAGUGAUGUGAGAUGUCUUAUUAUGUUUGGCGACCCAGGAUCCGAUAUAAUGACAGCUUUUCAAGAUAAGUGUUUAGAUGUUGAUUCAAACUUAAUGGGUGAGUAUUUCAGUCCAAAUACUUCAACUUGCGGAAUUUUACCGAUAUUAGAAAAAUUAUUUUUAGUGUAUGUUAGAGUUGUUCAAUUAAAAGAUUUAAAAAAAUAA